CAGCGUGCCUGCUGGAACCUCCAGGAAACAUUCAUCGUGCUAUUUGGUGGAACGAUUCAGAACGAGGCCCUAACAUGCCCACGAAACAAAUCUCCUCGUGUUUCUCCCAUUUGUGCUUUUUUCUGCCACUUCUGUUUGAAGCGCUACAUCCGGGUCUCGCUGCUCGCCCGUUACUUGUGUUUUUGCUGGACGGUUUUCGUUAUGACUACAUAGAUGAACUAUAUGAACUUCCAGGGUUUCGCGAGCUGGUGGAGAGAGGAGUGAAGGUGGACUACAUGACUCCAGAUUUUCCGAGUCUGUCGUACCCAAAUUACUAUUCCUUAAUGACAGGCCGUCACUGUGAGACCCAUCAGAUGGUUGGAAAUUACAUGUGGGAUGAAGUCUUAAACAAAGAGUUUCUUAUUGGAACCAAUUCUGACAGUCGGUUGCCUCUUUGGUGGAAUGGAUCGGAACCUCUCUGGGUCACCAUGCAAAACCUGGGAAAAAAAGUUUUCAUGUACUUCUGGCCUGGCUGUGAAGUGGAAAUUCUGAAUGUUCGUCCGGCUUUCUGCAAAGAAUACGUCAACAGUCCAUCAAAAGAAGAUCUUAUACAUUCGAUAACCAGUUCACUUGCUGCCCUGAGUUCAGGAAAAGCAGACAUGGCAGCUGUUUACUAUGAGCAAAUAGAUGUGGAAGGACAUCACUUUGGACCAGAGUCUCCUCAGGUCAAAACAGCUGUGCAACACCUCGAUCUCACCAUGCAGAUCCUAAACCAAAAAAUCAAGGACAGCAACCUGGAGAAUCAGUUAAAUGUGAUGUUAUUUUCAGACCAUGGUAUGACAAAGAUCCAGUGGAUGGAGAAGGUGAUAGAACUGGACAAAUAUAUAGACAUGUCAGACAUUGUGAAGAUAAUGGAUAGAGGACCAGUAGUCAGCCUGUGGCCUAAAAACACCACAUACCAAAAGGUCUAUGCUGCCUUGAGCCAAGUCCGUAACAUGCGUGUCUAUUCCAGGCAGGAAAUCCCUGAACGGUUUCUUUACAAAAAAGGGAACUUUGUUUCUUCUCUCACUUUGGUUGCUGAACCAGGCUGGUUUAUCACUAAGAACAAGACAACACUUCCCUACUGGAAAAAUGACUCGGGGGAGGCAUCAGCUUGGCAAAAUGGCUGGCAUGGUUAUGAUAACGAGUUUAUCGACAUGAGAGGCUUUUUCAUGGCAGUAGGGCCAGAUUUCAAGAAGAAUGUUCGAGCAGCCCCCAUUAGAGCAGUGGAUGUCUACAACCUGAUGUGCUGGACUUUAGGUGUAAAUCCUUUGCCUAAUAAUGGAUCUUGGUCUCGAGUUGAGUACCUACUUAAUGGCUUUGAAAGUCCAUUACAGUCUGGAAUGCUUUGGACCUACAGUGUGGGUUUUCUGGGAGUACUGUUAGAAUUUUACUAGGAGAUGCAAAUUAAUUACCACAUAUAGAUUUUUGUUGUAAUGAUCUGCUGUGGUUGGUGAAAGAAUAAUUACAAAUUUAAUUACACUUAUACUUCUGACAAGUAGUAUCUAUAUUUAGAUAUCUAACUAUACUGAAAUUGUACUUUUAGCUUAUGUUUCAAUUUACUUCUGUUUUUAUUUUUGCUUGAUUUUUAGAUUGAUAAAAACUAUGCAUAAUAUAAUUUUGCUUUGUAUUGUUUUCAGUCAAUGUUUUUUUCUCUGUUUUUUAAAAAGAAUUUUAUCUAAGAACAUAAUUUUCCGUUUCCGUAAACUGAUGGACUAAUUAACCAUAUAACAAAACUGUAAUCUUCAAAGAGAAUAUAUGGUUGUCCAAAAAUAACGCUAGAAAUUUUUUUUCCAAAAAACUGAAUAACUUCCUGUAAAGUUGAUCACAAUGUGUCGGUCUAACAUUUAGAGAUUAUUUUGUGAGCCUUCUAUGAGAAUCUGCAUGUGGAACUAAACUGAAAACAGAGAUGCAGUUUUGAAAAUUAACAAAUGGAUGAUGGGUAAUUUCUGUCAGAAAAGCUGAAAUUUGCUGACUGUUAGUCUAUAAGACUGAGAGGAAGAGAGAAUGCUUUGGACCUACAGUAUGGGUUUGUGAUUCAGGCUGGAACUACAUGGUGCUCUGUUCCACAUCGACUGCUUUUUUAUUUCAUGAAGUACCAAAAUACUGUUUUAUAGGAACACAGUAUUUUGGGGUACAUUUUUUCCUGCACUUUCUAAGCAACAGUGCCAUGUGCCCUUGAGCAUCAAUUGCAGGUUGACAACAACCUGCAUGCUGUUCACAAACUGCUGAAGCGUGGCCUCCUAUUCUGCUUUAAGAGUGGCCUUCAGGUCACCGUGGCUGUGGGAUAUAGAGUUAGAGAAUCUGAUUCCACAGAUAUCCUAUCUAACGUAUUUUAUCACAUCAAUAAAGCAGCAAUAUACAAUAAUGAAAGCAUCCGAAUUUUCACACUUAAAUGUUCUCCCUAAACACAAAGCAGACAGCAAUAAAUUGUUGGAAGCUGUCCUAAUCAGUGAACCACUCAAAGAAAUAAGAAUAGAAAAUAAAAUAAAAAAAGAAACAGGGGAUCUCUCUAAAAAAUGCAGAAAAGGGUUGUAAAACUUGCUUUGCUGUGGUUUCAGAAACACAAAUUGUAGAUUAAAUUUUUUCUAAGCCCAUAGGGCCAUACAUGUAAGAUAGGUCCAUCAGAUGCAGCCUCAGAUACAACGACAACUGCAGAGUCAUCUGAGUAUUUCUGUAGAUUACAGAAGUCAGACUUGUGCUUUUAGUCUGAAGUGUAGAGAGUGAAAAGGAUGGGUGAGAGUACAGUCCCCUACAGUGCUCCUGUGUUGCUGGUCAGUCUCACAAGCUGUAGUCUGUCUGUCAUAUAUCCAGGUGAUUGUUGAGGCCUUCACUUGUGUCUUCUGGAUUUUCUGACAAAGCAAAUCAGACUGAACCGUAUUAAGUGCACUGGAGAAAGAGACUCCACUUCUUGGUGUUGCCUUGCAACCAGGCCUCUCCUCUCACCAUCCACUGGGCAUGCCCUGAUCUGGAAUUUACACACACUGCCCCCCUCUUCUGCAAACUCCCUGGACCAGCAGUCAGUGGUAGAGUUCAGCUUCUGAGUAAUGUGAUGGAUAUCAAACUGAAAUGGUUGCAUUGCCGAAUGCCAGUAGGCUAUUCUGUUGUUUGAGGCUUUCAUUCUUUCAAACCACUUAUGAUCCAUUUCUAGGGAAAACUGUUUGAUGCCGUUAAACUUACCUCACCACUGUAAAUCUAAAGCAAAAUAUGAUAUAAAUGUUUAGUUAGAAGCAGGAGGGAAUGGUAAGACGAUCUGGAAACAAUUAAACAGUUUAUUGAAUCCCAAUAAUGCACGCACUAAUUACAAAUAUGAACUUGCGGUAGAAGAAAAAAUCAUAACUGAUCCUGCUCAGCUAGCAACAAUGUUUAAUGAUUUUUUCCUCUCUUCAGUUGAAGACUUGGCAUCAAAGUUCCCACCAGCUCCAAUGGAUAUACAUGGUACAAAAUAAAUGAAAAAGUGUUCCGAUUGGUUUGAGACAAAGGAAAUUCAUCACUGACAUUCAAAAAGCUAUCAACAGCUUAAGCAAUUCUUCCGCAAAGAUAUGUAUAAUUUAGAUGCUGUUUUAAAAAAAUACAGCAAUAUUUUAAUAAAAUCUUUAACUCACUUAGUUAAUAUUUCCAUCAGAACAGGGCAAUUUCCCGAUGCAUGGAAAAAAAGCUUUGGAGAAACCGGUUUACAAAUCAGGAAGUCUCCAUGAAAUCAGCAACUACAGGCCAGUAAGUCUCAUUCCGGUCAUGUCAAAAGUGCUGGAGAAAAUUAUUCUAGAACUACUACUAUUGUAAUUAGAACGCCCCAAUCUUCUGCAUCCUCUUCAGUUUGGCUUCAGAUGGAAUCAUUCCACAGUGACUGCUAGAAGUUUGCUGCUUGAAAAGGUUAAACAAUCACUUGAUAGAGAACAAAUCAGUGGUGCCGUUUUCCUUGACUUGAAAAAGGCUUUCCAUACCGUGAAUCACAAUUUACUGAUCUCAAGGCUUUCAUCUUUUAAUUUCUCAGAACGAUCAUUGUCUUGGUUUCAAUCAUAUUUGAAAGAUCGUGAACAAUGUGUUGUCGUUAAUAAUAGUAAAUCUGUCUUCUGCAAAAUAGCAACAAGGAUUCUGCAAGGAACCAUCUUAUGUCCGGUUGAUUUAAAGUCCAUAACCAGUUUCAGUAUAUUCAAAAAACAAAACUCUGGUUAUAUCAAAAACAGAACUGCAUCCAUUUUCAGUGUUUUAUGUUCCACUGUUGGUUUGUAGAUGUUGUCAACAUUAUGUUAAUUUAAAUUUUAUCACUUCAAUUUUUAAAUGUACUUUUUAAAAGCCCAUCCAGGGCAAGGCUGCAAAUUAGCAGUUGCUAUUGCACUAUGACGCAAACAUGAGACUGCUGUUUUGUGCAGUUCGUCUAUGUCAAUGUGUGUCCGUCCCUAUCAAAUAAACUUAAAAAUAAAUAAAGCAACUUGAAACAG